GCAGAGGUUCAGGCCAAGAAGAAGAAGACGACGACUUCCAAGCCCAAGAAGGUCGGCCCCAGCGUGGGCGAGCUGAUUGUGAAAGCCGUGGCCGCUUCCAAGGAGCACAACGGCGUGUCCGCGGCCGCUCUCAAGCAGGCUCUGGCUGCCAGAGGCUACGAUGUGGACAAGAACAAGGCCCGUGUCAAGACCGCCAUCAAGAGCCUGGUGGCGAAGGGCACUCUGGUGCAGACCAAGGGCACCGGGGCCUCCGGAUCCUUCAAGAUGAACAAGGCUAGUGAGACCAAAGCCAAGACGCCCGCCGCGGCCAAAGCCAAGAAACCGGCAGCAGCUGCUAAGAAGUCGCCUCAGUGA